CGUUUUGUUUACAAAAUUAUCUAGAAAAUUUCGACACCGGUGCACAAGUGCUCGAACCUACUGUUUAUAUAAUAAUAGUAAACUAUCCCUUCUCGGGCUUGUACUAGUUCAACUCAUACAAACAACGAUGGCCAACGGUCCACCAACGCGCAACCUAAUGCGAAUCGUGCUGGACAACUUUCUCAAAUCGUUUCGACCGCGCCAAAUGAAGGGCAACUACGUUGGGGAGGAUUAUUUCGGUAACAAAUAUUAUGAAAUUCCUCCUGAUCCAUCCGUCGGUCGGCGCCGUGCCUCUCGGUGGUUCGAACCUACCGCCAAGGAGGCGUACGAUCAGGAGAUUACUGCCGAAUGGGAAGCGUGGCUACGUGGAAGAAGGAAGGAACCGCCGACGGAACAGGAACUGCUGAAAAAUCUGGCCAUUAUGAAGAUGAAAGAGCGCAAUGCAGCCGAACUGGAGGCCAAGUACAGCAAACCAAAGGAUGCGGCAGCACUGGAGCAGCAGAAAACGGGAAUGGGUUCGUUCCCUCAGUACGACGAGUACGAAGUUAUGCCUGGCAAGGGAAAGCACGAAAAAUAGAGCGAACUUUUGCUGUUUGGUAGGCAUUUGGAAAGCAAAAAGA